UCCAUCGCCCAUUUCCUCAAUGCCCACCCGGACCCUCUCACGCCUACGCAACUCGCUCCCCUCUGCAUAUCGUCGGCCGACUUCACCAUCGCAUUAACCCAGGUUCAGCCCUCUUCCAAGCAAGAACGUUUUGCUACAGUUCCAGAUGUCUCGUGGUCGGACAUUGGUGCCUUGCAUUGUACCCGAGAUGAGCUGCAUAUGGCUAUCGUCCAGCCUAUCGAACGACCGGAGCUUUUUAGUACUGUCGGCAUAGAGGUAGCAUGUGGGGUAUUACUUUGGGGACCACCAGGGUGCGGAAAGACAUUGCUGGCUAAAGCUGUUGCGAACGAGUCUCGAGUGAGCUUUAUCAGCGUCAAGGGUCCAGAAUUAUUGAACAAGUAUGUUGGUGAAAGCGAGAGGGCAAUACACCAAGUCUUUGCGCGAGCCCGAGCAUCGUUUCCUUGCGUUAUAUUCUUUGAUGAGCUUGAUGCACUCGUCCCUCGGCGUGACGAUAGUCUUUCGGAAUCAUCAGCUCGUGUUGUGAAUACCCUCUUGACGGAGCUCGACGGACUAGAUGCCCGGAAAUGUAUUUAUGUUAUCGCCGCUACCAACCGUCCCGAUAUGAUAAACCCCGCCAUGGUUCGGCCAGGACGGCUUGACAAGCUGCUCUACGUGGAUCUUCCCAACGGUGAUGAACAUGCCGAGAUCGUUCGCACUAUGACGCGGAAGGUCCCUCUUGCGGGUGAUGCGAGUGAGACAUUAGACACCGUCCGAAGCCAGGUGGAGGAUUUUGUUCGCGAGCGUUGCGAUGGAUUCAGUGGUGCCGAUCUGGCCGCUUUGGUUCGUGAGGCGGGUAUCGUUGCCUUGCGCCGAACGCUUGGGAUGCUGGAUCAAAUGGAUGAUGAUACGAGAGGGCCCGAAGACAGGCCCAAGGUUACAGUCCAUAUCACUGACUUCAAUACCGCCUUCGAGAAGGUCGGGCCAAGCGUUAGCCCUCAGCAGAGGAAGAGGUACGAGGCCUUGAAAUCGAAAUUAGCGGGCUCACCCGUUAAGAUGGUGAAGGACGAGGUAAAAGGUGUAGAGAGGGAGGCACAAACGUAA